GUCACAGCUGGAAGUCUCUCUCCUGUUUUUAUUUUUCUUCAUCACUUGUUUUUUUGUUUGUUUUUUUCUCGGUGGCUUCUUUUCUUCUUCUUCUUCUUUCAUCCCACCGCUGAUUUUCCCGGGAAUGUUGCGGGAGUAGCGCUGUAACGGACACUCUCUGCGGUGCCUGGUAACGGUUUUACGCACGGGCUCCGCGCGCCUCCACCGCCACGAUGCUCUUCCCCGCGGUGAAUUCCUCCAACAUCACGGCUGGAGACUGCAGCGGACGCGGCUUCAACCUGACGCAGCCGCCGGACAGCGACGCCGCUGUUGCCGCAAACCUGAGCGGGAAGAGGAACUCCAGUUCGGACCCGUUUGGACGCAACGAGGAGGUGGCAAAGAUCGAGAUCACGGUGCUGAGCCUAUCGUUCGUGGCCGCGGUGGUGGGGAACCUCAGCGUCCUCGUGGCCAUGUUGCGCACGCGGCGCAAACCCUCGCGCAUGCACCUGUUCAUGAAGCACCUGAGUCUCGCGGACCUGGUGGUCGCGUUCUUCCAGGUGCUGCCGCAGCUCUGCUGGGAAGUCACUUUCCGCUUCUACGGCCCGGACUUCCUGUGCCGCAUCGUGAAGCACCUGCAGGUUCUGGGCAUGUUCGCGUCCACGUACAUGAUGGUGAUGAUGACCGUGGACCGCUACAUCGCCAUCUGUCACCCGCUGCAGACGCUGCAGAAGCCCACGCAGCGCGCGUACUUCAUGAUCGGCAGCACGUGGCUGGUGAGUCUGGUUCUGAGCAGUCCGCAGUACUUCAUCUUCUCCCUGACCGAGGUCCACCCCGGCUCCGCGGUCUACGACUGCUGGGGCCGCUUCAUAGAACCGUGGGGCACGCGCGCCUACAUCACCUGGAUCACGGCGGGGAUCUUCCUCGUGCCCGUGCUCGUGCUCGUGCUCUGCUACGGCUUCAUCUGCCGCGCGAUCUGGACGAACCUCAAGUACAAGACGCGCAGGAAGAGCGUGGGCGCGGUGGUGGAGGCCACGAAGACCCGGAUCCUGGGCCGGGAGUCGGUCAGCAGCGUCAGCACCAUCUCACGCGCCAAACUGCGCACGGUGAAGAUGACCUUCGUGAUCGUGGUGGCAUACAUAGUUUGCUGGGCGCCUUUCUUUGCCGUGCAGAUGUGGUCCGUGUGGGACGAGACUUCCUCGUGGGUCGACUCUGAGAACACCAUCGUGACUCUGUCGGCGCUGCUCGCCAGCCUCAACAGCUGCUGUAAUCCCUGGAUCUACAUGAUCUUCAGCGGUCACCUCCUCUCAGACUUCGCCCGCACCCUCCCGUGCUGCCGCCGCCUCAGGACCGGGUUCAGACACCAGGACUCGGACAGCAGCAUCCGCCGCACCACGCUGCUGACUCGCCAGCAGGGCUCUCGCCUCUCGGAGCCCUUCAAGGACUUAAACCCCGUCCCCAGGAACUGCCCUCAGGUCCCAGCCAUGUCCUGACCUCCGCACAACCUCGUGUGACCUCGUCACAGGUCCGAUCUGGAGUGGAAACGUUAACUCCUGCUUUGUUUUGGCUUUUUUUUGUUAAACGUAAAAAACGGAUUCUGCCACUUGAACCUGAGCUUUUAUCGCGCUGUUCUCUUUGUGGACGUGUCAAACAUGAAAUGUGGAAACUGCUGGGCUUCCACAUGCGUCUCCGUGGUGAUGCUUCCUGCCAGAUUACCAGAGGAACCAGACAAACCGGGCAGAGCGAGGAGGAACAGAAACUUACGUUCUUAUUUAAAUGCACAUGUCACUGUUUGUAUCUGCCGUGAGACCUCAUGCACGUCACACUUAAAAAAAAAAAAAAAAACACAGGACUAUCCCUUUAACGUCCAAGGUAGGUUUACGAGCUUUUUUUUUUUUUGAAUAUUUAAAUGUUAAGAUUCUCAAUUUCUUUCUGUCAAUCGUGUUAAAACAAACAAAUGAAGUCAACAUUAUGUUUAAAAUGUUUUUUUUCCAGGUUUUUUUUUUUUUUUACAAAUUGGAGGAAAAAUUUUAAUUUCUGUGAUUUUAGAAAAAUCAGAUACGUCAGGAUUUAACUGUUUAUUUGUGCUUUCAUGGGAUUUAUUCACAGUAAAAUGCUGUAAAUGUAGAAUAUCACCUGAUUUAAAGCCUUCAAAUACUUUGUGUCGUUACUUUUGGCUACAAAGUAUAAUUAUAGUGUGUAAUUUAACAGGUGAAAUGACUCUAAUGUGGUGCAAGGUUGUGUCAUGAACACAUUAUCACCUUUUAAUGUUAAUGUUGUGAUAGAAAUUAGCUUAUUUUCACAUCCAGCUGCUACAAUAUCCAUGAAAAAUGUUGCGUCUGUGUGUCGCCACCUAGUGUCGGCUAUCUUUUACCUCCAUGUUUGGCCUCCACCGCUUACUGAGAGAAGGAGUCGUCUAAAUGAAUUAAUAGCUAUUCUGACAAUCGAUAAGAUAUGUUACAGUGUUUUGUUUUUUUACAAUUAAAUCCACAUUUCUGUGAUUUUUCAGCUCCUUAAAUGUGAAUAUCUUCUGGUUUCUUUUCUCCAUGUAACAAAGAAAUCAUUCAAACUGAAUCAUUUUAGCUUGUUGACCAAACACGACAGUUGAGAACGUCAUUGUUUCCAAAUUUUGGAAACAAGAAUCGUUAUUUUCUUACAUUUUACGGAGUUGUAGGUUAAUUGAGAAAAUAUCCAUGUAAACACGUUAGCCUUGCUGAAGUCGUACGAAAUCCAACUUCUUAAAAGUCGGACGAAGAUAUUAUGGGAAGAUAAAAAAAAAGAAAAAUCAACCCGUGGAUAUUUAUUUACGCAAAACUUAGACGUUCAUCAUCAUCAUCAUCGUCCUCCGCUUAUCCGGGGGCAGCAGUUUCCGCACGGGAUCCCGAACUUCCCUUUCCCACAUUGACCAGCUCCGACUGAGGGAUCCCGAGGGGUUCCCAGGCCAGAGUGGAGAUGUCAUCUCUCCACCUUGUCCUAGGUCUACCCCGAGGCCUCCUCCUAGCUUAGAAACUUAGACGUUUGCGUUCACAAAUAAGUAAAUAUAAUAAUAUAUUCAGCAAACCUUAAACUUUCUAUGACUCUUCAUUUUGUAAAUCCCUGUUCAGAUAAAAACGACUACAAACAAAACUAAUGAGAUCAUUUAAUAUUAAAAGGUUUAAUUAAAUUUAAGCACCAUAUCAUCAACACAAACCUAAUAAAAGAUGAAUUUAUAUAUAACACUGUUUGUAUUUUGCGUAUAAAUGUUUUAAAAGUGUAAUAUUCCUGAUUUUACUGAAGUUUCUGUGAUUUUUCAGCUUCUAAAAUGUGAAUAAUGUUCUGGUUUCUUCUUCCAUGUAACAAAGAAAUCAUUAAAACUGAAACAUUUGAUCAUUUCCAGGUUUUUGAAGCAGUUUCUUACAUUUUAUGGACCAACGACUAAUUGAUUAAUUGAGGAAAUAGUCGACAGAUUAAUCGAUUAUGGAAAUAAUUGUUACUUAAAUGUACGUACAGUAGUUAAAAAAUGUAAAGAUGAAACUGAUCAAAGUUGCUGCAGAUUAAUUUCCUGUCUCGUCUCCGUUGAAUAAAUCAAAGUCUUUCAACUUCUUAAUUUAUCUCCUUCUCCACCAUGUUUUACAUUAAUGACUAAUUAAACUGUCUUGAAAUUAAUUAUUAUUACAGUCACACUAAAGCCGUGUUAACGU